AUAAUUAAUUUUUUAUCAAUCAGCUCUUUCAGUUCUUUGAUUAUGACUGCGCGUUUGCGCAUUGCGAUCGAUUCCGAGUAAUAGAGAAAUCCGGGUAACCUAACCUUCUAGACCUUCCCGACGUGGACGUGUCGUGUACGCGCGCCGCGCCGCACCGUGCCGCGCGUACAUACGAUGUACUUACAGUAUACAUGUGUUUUAAUUAGCGAACUUGACGCGUGUCAAACAGCUGGGAAUGUUCCGCGAGCGGCGUCCGUUUUAUAGCUUGUUGCUCCGUGUCUCGUGUUCCGAGUUAGAUUCCGAGAUUUUUUAUUAUUUUCUAGCGAUAUUAAAAACUCGGUGCGGUUUCCGUUUUGAUUGUCACUUUGAAGCGGGAUGUCUGCUGGCAACAUAUGUGUGUACCGCGUAGCGUGUGCUGAGAGAGAAAUGUAAACAGUUACUGCUGUAGAGCUUGGAAAAUAUAAUUGAGAGAUUCGAACCCAUAGGAUCGGCACAGCUCUAUUAUGCUGCCACUUUCGCACAGUCCGCGCGACUCGCGUUCCAACUUCCGCAGUAGAGUGAAGGAGAAGCUGCUGGGUUGGAAACGUCUCAUCUUCUCUGAUCCAAACACUCGGAAUUUAUUUUUGUUCCUGCUUCUUAAUCUGUCCUUUGCCUUUGUCGAGCUGCUGUAUGGAAUGUGGACCAACAGCCUCGGUCUCAUCUCCGACAGUUUUCACAUGUUUUUCGAUUGCACUGGCCUGCUGUUUGGCUUAGCGGCAUCUGUGAUUACCAAGUGGCGAGCGAACGACAGAUACUCGUAUGGCUACGUCAGAGCCGAAGUGUUAGGUGGCUUUGUAAAUGGACUGCUUCUGUUGUUUAUUGCCUUGUUCAUUAUGUCGGAGGCAGUGGAACGAGCCAUUGAGCCACCAGAAAUCAAGCAUGAAAGGCUCUUUGUAGUCUCUGUGCUGGGGUUGAUAGUGAAUUUAAUAGGAAUAUGUGCAUUUAAACAUGGACACGGUCAUGGACAUGGCCAUGGACAUGGACAUGGUCACAGUCAUAAUCAUGGUGGGAUGGGACAUCACAGUCACUCUCAUCCUCAUAAUCAUGAGUACUCCCUGCUGAAUCACAACUAUGACCAUCACAUUGACUUGGACAUGUCCUCCAGUGGCGCAAACUCUCAAAUCAUGAAGGGCGUGUUUCUGCAUAUACUUGCAGACACCUUGGGUUCUGUAGGAGUAAUCAUAUCCGCGGUGCUAAUGCAAAUGUUCGGUUGGAUGAUCGCCGAUCCAAUUUGCUCUAUGCUCAUUGCAGUAUUGAUAGUGUUAAGUGUAGUCUCUUUGAUGAAAGAAUCAUGGGAGAUACUCAUGCAGAGACAGCCAGUAGCUCUGGAUCACAUAUUGCCGCAGUGCUAUAAUAAGGUGACGCAGAUACCCGGUGUCUACAGUGUACAGGAACCACACUUUUGGACUCUAUGCUCGGACGUGUAUGUUGGAUGCCUGAAAUUGGAGGUAGCCAGAGAGGUAGACCCCAAAUCUGUUGUGAUAACGACGCAAAAGAUUUUCCAGGCGGCAGGCGUCAGACACCUCACGAUCCAGUUGGAUUACGCUCCUAUGUGAUCUAUGAGAGGCAUAACGCGCGUCACAGAGCGUUCUUAUGGAUAUAACGGAAAUAUAUCUAUCUGCAGGCUCUGUCAUCAAGAGACGAGAAGCACGACAGUGCCGCAGAAUGUCUUCGCUACAUCAAAAAUCUGUGAUUGUGCACUCGAAAAUGGCGAUCAGUAUCAUCUUGGACUACAAAUCGUUUGAGGAUCGCGCAUGCCUUAGGAAAAAAAACUGCUAAUGACGAAAAAUAAUUCCCAAGAAUUUCUAACCGAAUCAAAUUACUAGCUUAAAUCGUUUCUAAAACACGAUGUAUGAUAAAAGAUGUAUUUCUUAUCUUGAUAUUAGAUAUUAAAAAAACGGUCAGUUACAUUCUCUUUUCUGGAA